UUUCCCAUUUUAGGUACUUCAUUCUAAAUUUUUUUUAAAAAACUUUUUAUCCACUGAAAAAAAUUUAAAUUCAUUUUUAAUUAUUACCUUUUAAAUUUUAUUUUUUUGUGAUAAUUAUUCUUAUAAUUCUGUUACGCGAAUCAAAGAUUUUCAGAUAAAGACGAUAAUUUGUUUUUUCGCUAAACCUCAUUUCACGUAUACUUUAUAAUAAUGUCCGCUCCUAAAUUUGUGAAACCCUUAACUACUGCUUGCAAAGAGGUGUGCGAGCAUAGUGGAUCGAGAUUCGAGGCUAAGGUAACUGGAGACCCUUUUCCCAAGGUUGAAUGGUUUUGUAACGAUAAAAAAAUUCAAGAGGGGAAAAGGGCCAUAUUUGACGUGGAAGAAGACAAGGGAUUGGUCGUUUUAACCAUCCCAGACACCAGACGGGAUGAAGAGGGCGUUUACAAGUGCGUAGUCACGAAUACUCACGGAAAAGCAGAAUCUUGCGCGGAGGUGUUAGUCGAAUUCGAUCCAUACGAAAAGGCCCAAUGAAUAUUAAUAUUAUUUUAUAUAUACACAUUUAUCCCAUUCAUUCUACUUUUUACAAUGAACAUUUAUAAAAUCAAAAAAUUAAUUUGAUCAUACACAAAAGAAAGACAUAAGUGAUAUAAUUAAGUUUUUUUAAGUGAAAUGUUUUUAAAACUGCCCACAGACAUUUCAAUAAAAUUUGUACCACUAUAUUUAGAGAAUAGCUAGCAUACAUUUUAUUUUUAUAAAGAUAUUCCUUAAAUAUUUUGAUCACUCAUUUUCGUAGAUAAAUUGAAGAAUUGAAAAUUGAUUACCCAAAACGUUCAAUUAUUCAAUUUUUAUAUCUUCCUUUUUUUAAAAAAAUUAAAUUUUAAAAAAUAAUGCAAUUUUCCCA